UUCGAUUGUUCGAUAUAUUUAUAUAACAUAUAUUCACACUCGCCACGUCUAUAUUAUUAUUAUUAGUAUCGUCUACUGUCUUUAGUCAGUAUUUGUCUUGUACUCGUGUGCAACCGUGCUGCUACAUUGUACAAACUUUUAUAAUUUUGCCUUUUGGAGAGUAAGACGUAAGACGCAAUAGUAAUCGUUAACUUUAUUAUACCUUAACUCACUGCUUUGUACUUCGUGCGUACGGCAUACACUUCAACACUGUUUCUUAAUUCUUUUACUCGUGUGCUACCGUGCCACUACAAAGACUGAAGAGUACUCUGCAUUAUCCGACUGCAGUUUGCAUUUUCGACACCAAAAUUGAAGUACUUAUGUGUGUAGUAUCACGUCAUUUUACACAAUAAUGGAUCAAAUUAACAAUCAAACAAAGUUGGUUAAAAAAAUCAAAAGAAGAAUGUUUGAACUGUUCAUGGCCUAAUGCUCGGCGAGUUACGGCCAUGUCAAUAAUGAAAGGCGAUAAACCUUCAUCUAAAUGGACCCAUCCAGUUAAACUAAUAGAAGCAUUUGAUUCGUAUGAAGCAGCUGCUGCUGAAAACUUGACUAAAUUGGUAAUAAAAUGUCAAUAGUUUUUUUAUAUUAUACCUAUAUUACAACUCUAUUGUAUAUAUUUAUAUUUCAAAUUAAUUAAAUUAAAUCUAUUGGUGGUUCUGGCACAAAAUAUUUUGUUAAGAGAGUACUUCAAAAAUUAUUUUCUAAUAAAUUUGUCACACUUUGUUCAUGGACCUGACAAAAAAAUAAUUAUCCCCUUGUGGACCAUCAAAUUAUAAUAAUUAUGAAAAGAAUUUCACAUGAACUAUAUCAAAAUGAUGAAAAUAUAUUUGAAGUUUAUGUAAAUUAUUGGUUCAGGCAUGGGGCUCAGCGUUUAAAAAAAGAAAAUACUACAGGUAUCACAAAAAUCAAAUGUAAAGAAUUUGUCAAUGAAGUAAAAGAAAUUGCUAAAACUUCACAAUUAACUACACAUGCUGUUCUUGGAGUAGUUACAGCUAAAACUGAUAUGAAUAUUGCUAGUCAACUACCACCAAUCAACCAAUUAAAACGUAUAGUACAACAUACAAGAAAACAAAUCAGUUCAGCACCACCUAAUCCAGCAACAUUAUCUGAUCUAAGUAUUCCAGAUGAGUAUAAAAAAUCUGUAAGUGGUGAAUCAUUUUUAUUAUACGAUAGUUUUGAGGAUAAUGUUGAUAAUAAAUGAAUUUUAUUGUUUUCAACGUUAAAAAAUUUAGAACUAUUACAGAAUAGUUAUUAUUGGUUUGCCGAUGGCACAUUUUCAUGCACUCCAAAAUUAUUCAUAGCAUUAUAGAUACAAAUGUGAUACUAUUAGUUUACGUUCUUUUGCCCGAUAAAUCCGAAGAUACAUAUCGCCGAAUGUUUGUUGCAUUAAAUUCGAAAUUAAACCUAUUGAUGGAUAUUUAAGGGGCAUCGCUGCAAAUUUUCAGCUACAAAUUUAGUAUAAUUAUGACUGUAAUAGUAUAUGAUAAUAUUGACUUGAUUGUAUUUACAUGUUGAU